AUGGCGCCGCGUAAAGCACAGGUGUCGGCCAACGAAGCCGCAGAUACUAUUCUGGACUACUUGCGGAAUCAGAAUGAGUCCUUAAGCAUACACGUACCCGUCUCGAACGAAGCAGGGGAACUUAUACAUCAAAAGGCCACCGAUGUUUCCGCCAACCUGCAUAACAAAGUCACCAAAGCUGCAGCACAAAAGAUUCUCAAAGACCUCCAUGAAGGUAAACAGAUCGAAGGUCGAGCUUCAGGCAAGCAAUGGGUCUAUCAUGCUCUACAGGACAGCGAGGGCACCCUGAACUCUGACCAGCUGAGCGACCUCGAGUCUGACAUUACUUCCCUGCGCAGCCAGACCGCUACGUUGCAAGCCUCUGCCAAGUUACUCCGUAGCACACUCUCCGCACUCAAUUCGACACUGACCACUGCCGCUCUUGUCACCAAUAUCUCCACCAUGCAGGGUGAAAGAGAGGCGAUCCGAGGGAGACUGAGCAUGUUGCAGGCGGGAAAUAUGAAUAAGGUCACACCAGAGGAGAGGGAGACGUUGCAAACGGGAUGGAACAAGUGGAAUGAUAAGGCGAGGAAAAUGGAAAGCAUUACGCAUAAUAUGUGGAGAAUCAUUGAGGAUGCAGUCCAGGAAAAGGAAGAGCGAGACAGGAUCAGGGAGCAGCUAGGUUUGGAUGAAUGA